AAAAGGAGAGAGAAAGAGUUGAGGUCCUGAGGACCAGUUUAACCAGAACUAGGAAACAUUUUUGAGAGAAAUAUGAAAACUGAUGUUAUCCACUCCUUAAAUCUAGAGGUGACAGCCUUCUCUGUAGCAGCUCCCAGACUAGAAUAGUCUGAACAACCACCAAGAAACAUUUAAACCUCUUAAACCUUUAAGUACCGCCAUAGCGCCGGCGCCAUGUUCCUGGCGCGGCCAGAAUAGUAUUACUGUAACUCUGUGAAAGUUCACACAUUCUGAAAAAUUACAACGUCGACAGAAAGCUGAGAAUCACUGAUUCCUGUCCAUGUAUAAUCUAGGGUAUAUAUUACGGUAAUGUGACCACUACCGCGAAAACCGCAGCUUUGAAAAAAGACGACAGGGAGAAAUGGAAAGAAAUAAUUAGGAGUAAGCUAGCAUUAUAUAAUGUGAUAUAGGUUUUCUGUGUGUUUCUGAGCGUUUCUGGUUGUCUACAAUUUAUAAGACACACAUAUAUAAUGUAUGGAAGACUGGCAAGGACUAUAAAACGGUUGCUACGGUUCAUAGAGGAGGAGAGUGAUGUGGAGGAUUCCUCUUCUGAACUGAGGUAUGUUGUUUUCAGCAUAAAUUGUAAGAUUUAGAACAAAUUUUGUGUUUAGCUCAAUUUUAUCAUUAUAAUUAUUUGCUAGAGUGUUUAUGUGACAUAAUGUGAGACACAUCUAUUAUUUGUACAUGUUACAUUGAUGGAAGUCAUUGUGUUUGCUGCUACUAUAAAAAUGAAAGAUUUUCAUUUGUUAUCCAUUUUACUUUCAGCAAUUACCCCACUGAGAGUCUUCCGGUGACAGUGUUUUUUCUUCUGAUGAGCAGCCUUCCUGCAGUGAUCCCAGCCAUGGUGACUACAUCUCACCACAAGGGAGAGGGAGAUGCUGAGUCUCUGCUCACAACUCACCACAUCACCAAUGGAAAACAAAGGACAACCCUGAUGAGGUAGAUCCUACACCCCCUAGAUUCUUGCCAAAACGGCCCCCUGGUGUCCAGUUCCCUCUCAACCGGGGUAACCCCAGCCAGGUGAGAGCUUCUUUAGGUUCUUUGAUGCAGAGGUUCUCCAACAUUUGGUUGAGUGCACCAACAAGAAAGCAGUGGCUAACCAGGAGAAGGGAAAGGCAUUCCCCUUUGGACACCGGUUUCGACUGACGAGCUGAAGAAAUUCAUUGGUCUGCUGCUUUACAUGUCUGUGGUCCACCUGCACAAGCUGAGUGACUAUUGGCGCUAAGGGGCAAUUUUUCAUCAAGCUCACCCUACAAGCGUUAUGUCCCGCAACAGUUUUCGGCUCAUUCUGAGUGACCUCCACAGGAGUGAACCAAAGGCAGAUACAGACAAUGACGCCAAGAAGGGCACAGAAAAUUAUAACCCCAUCCAUCGGGUCACAUCCCUCUUGGAGAUUGUCUGUAUCCACUGCCUGUCCUUCUACCACCCUAAACACCACCUGGCAGUGGAUGAGGGGAUGGUUGCCAUCAAGGCCAGACUUGGUAUAAAAUACAUGAAGGCAAAGCCAACAAAAUGGGGGCUGAAGCGGUUUGUGCUGGCUGAUGUAAAUGGGUACACAGCAGAUAACAUCCUCUACACGGGGAAGGACACCACGCCUGUCUCAGGAAAGGGUCCGUCCUUUGAUGUGGUUGCAAAGCUGGUGAAGAAGGAGCAUUUGGGGACUGGCUACAUUAUAUAUAUGGACAGCUUUUACACAGGCCCUCUGCUCUUCUGCCACCUUAUCCAGGAGGGAUUUGGAGUUUGUGGCACAUACCGGGAGGGGAGAAUCGGCAUGCCAAAAUCAAAAGAAAACGCGCUGGACAGAAGGGCACCAAGAGGGAGCAUCAGAUGGAUCAGGGAUGGUGACCUUCUGUUCAUCAAGUGGAAGGACACUUGUGAGGUUUCCCUCCGCUCCAGUGCCCACCCAGUGUAUAGCGGGGACAUGGCUGGCAGAAGAUUGGUGAGCAACAGCAGAGAGUCUCCAUCCCCAGACCCACAGUGGUAACAGAGUACAACAAUUAUAUGGGAGGAGUUGACACCUCUGAUCAAAGAGGUGGCCCAUCACGGUUUUCCAGCAUCUUAUGGACAUUUGUUUUACCAACAGCUACAUAGAGGUGCGUGCUAACCAGCAGCAGCCAUACAUGACCCGGCAGCAAUUCCAAGAAGAGCUGACAGCACACCUACUUGGAACACCUCUGAAAUGUUCUCGUCCUACCAGUCACCUACCACUACCCUGACCGCACAAGCAGUGGAAAUCCAGCUUCCCAGUGUUCGACCAAGGGACGGCGUAUUUGCAAACUUCGCAAAAGGCGCACCAGCUGGAUGUGCAAACUUUGUAAUGCACCACUGUGUCUGCAACCAGACAGGAUCUGCUUCAAGCAGUUCCAUAUUGAACUACCAGCUGUGUAGAUAGUAGCGAUAGUACAAAGUUCUGUUAUAAAUAAAGCAUUGUCAUAUUAUUGUUUUUAUUUUUGACUGUUAAAAAUGCACUUUUUUCUCAGGGUUCGUAUAGUUAUUUUUGCACUAUUUUUUGCACACAUGUAAAGGUUAAUAUUUCAAGUUUCAAAUCAAGAGUUCAUGUGCAAUGUUAAUAUAUGACUUGAGAAUGUUCAUAACACAUUUUACAUACCUUUGUAACGUUGUUUGGCCUAAUUUUUGCCUAUGUAUAUUGUUAUGUUUUGUACUGUUUUUUGCACACCCAGAGUCCUAGACUCAAGAAAUGACUUGUGAUUGUUCAGAACAUGUGUAGGUUCACAUCUCAAAUGUCAAAUCAAAACUUCAUUAAUAAUCAGAAAAUGUAUUCUCAUAAAAGCCUUAAAAAACAAAUUCGAUUUUGCAUUUUUCUUCUUUUAAAGAGCUCACAAUUCCUUAUAAUAUGCAAUAGUCAUUAACCAGGUGUUGGAAAGUCAAGUUCAAGUUCCCCUGGCAAGAGGGGCCAACGUUCUUAGACUUGGGGCAUUCCCUGGCCAUUUUACAGCCAUAAUAGCAAAAUAUGUCAAAAUCGGCAUUUUAGCCUUGGUACUGGAAGGGUUAAGACAAUUUAAUGGACUGCCUUUUGGCACACAUUGGCCUAAACAUUUUUAAAACAGCCUUAGUCAUUGUUAAAGCAGUUUUAUUGUCAUAAUAGUUUUUAAUCCUCAUUUGUAAGGCAUUGUCAUUUAUGUUGCAUUUUAGUUUGUAAAGCACUUUGUGCAACACAAGUUGUUGGAAAAGUGCCAAUAUAAAUAAAUUUGACCUUAUAUUUUUUGUUAUCCAACUUUUGUAUGUUUGACAGAUAUAUAAACGUUCGUUGGCUGUAAUUAACCAUAACACUGUCUUGGGCAUCACAGAGCUCUUUUAUCCUUCAUGUUACAGUUGAGAUCUAAGUUUAUUUGUGACCACAGCAUGAACCAGCCUUUUACUCACUGAUCAGAGACGACUGGGAUGAAUAUGAUCUUUACUUUAUCUUCCCCUGUCAGAUUAAGACUGUGUGCCAUCACAGGACACUGCCUUGCCCAAUGACAGGGGACCAGCUGUUUUCCCCAUCUGGGUGAAUUAUUCUUACUUCAAUCAAAUUCUACAACCCCUUUCAAAGCACCACCUUUCCCUUAUACAAUAAACACCUUAAUUAAAAGCUCUGUUGACGUCCAACUCUCCAAAUUCUGUCAGUUGUAAUGAAAUCCCAUUGUUUGCAUGUGACUCACUGAAACAAAUGA